GGGGGGGGGGCUCAUUCUGAUUUGAAUUUAGAAAGAGAGAUACUUUAUAGAGGAGAGAGGGGGAAAGGGACAAGCAUCGAAGUAAGAGAGGAGAGAAGCUCUGAUUAGAGCAUUUAUCUGCUUUUAGUGAGACAUAAGCGAGGCUUCGACAUUGCUUCAUUUUUAUAUACUCUCUAAAUAUAUAUUCAUUGAUCGAUACAUAAAGAAUUCAUUUACUGAUUGGGUUUGAUUUGGCUUUAAAAGGACGCCUACACACAGAGAUUAAGGAAAUAUGAGCGGAAUGGGAAGGCAGGGACAGAGAUCUGGAGCUACAGCGGUGCAUCACCAGAGACAGUACUCUGAUAAUUUCUUAGACUCUUCUUCUAAUGGUAGAUGGCUUCAAUCUGCUGGUCUUCAACACCUUCAAAAUUCCUCUUCUUCUUCCAUCCCUCCUCUUCAGGACUAUAAUUUCUAUGGUGGUGGAGGAGGAGGAGGAGGGCAGGGGAUGAGAAUGUACCGCAAUGCCCAGAGGAGUUUUAACGGAUCAAAUGAGUUUUAUGUAGAGCCCACAACGCCUCCUGUCAGUUCACGGUCAUCUAGCCAGAGGAAGAAUGGCGAAGCCUCUCCAAGUGAGUUCAGUCCUGGGCUUUUAGAUCUGCAUUCCUUCGACACUGAGCUGCUUCCUGAGAUGCCAGUUCCUGGACUGUAUGAUAGUUCCUCUCUGUUUCAUCCUGUUCGGGGGAGAAGCUUUGAUGACUCUGAACCUUAUAUUUCAACCAACAAGCAGACUGGCAGAGCUCCUGUUUUACCAGAUAACAAUCUCCUUAAGAGCUUUGCUGCAGACAAAGAGAAAGGCAGUUCUGUUGCGAAGAUCAAAGUUGUGGUGCGCAAGAGACCAUUGAAUAAAAAAGAGCUGGCUAAAAAUGAAGAAGAUAUAAUAGAAACACAUUCCAAUUCUGUAACAGUUCAUGAGACCAAGCUCAAGGUUGAUCUAACAGAAUAUGUUGAGAAACAUGAAUUUGUCUUUGAUGCAGUGCUGAAUGAGGAAGUCUCAAAUGAUGAGGUAUAUCGUGAGACAGUGGAGCCCAUAGUUCCAAUAAUUUUUCAGCGCACAAAAGCAACUUGCUUUGCAUAUGGGCAAACAGGAAGUGGAAAAACCUAUACUAUGAAACCAUUACCUCUCAAGGCUUCACGGGAUAUUUUGAGGUUGAUGCAUCACACUUAUAGGAAUCAAGGGUUUCAGCUAUUUGUGAGUUUCUUCGAAAUAUAUGGAGGAAAACUAUUUGAUCUUCUCAGUGAUCGGAAAAAACUUUGCAUGAGAGAGGAUGGCAAGCAGCAAGUCUGCAUUGUUGGUUUGCAAGAGUACAAAGUAUCAGAUGUAGAGACAAUUGGGGACCUAAUUGAGAAAGGAAAUGCUACUAGAAGUACUGGCACGACAGGUGCAAAUGAGGAAUCCUCUCGUUCACAUGCUAUACUUCAACUUGCUAUCAAGAGGUCAGUUGAUGGCAGCGAGUCAAAGCCUCCACGUCUGGUGGGCAAGCUCUCCUUUAUAGACCUUGCUGGAAGUGAACGUGGUGCAGAUACCACAGAUAAUGAUAAACAGACAAGAAUGGAAGGUGCAGAGAUCAACAAGAGUUUACUUGCAUUGAAGGAAUGCAUAAGGGCUCUUGACAAUGACAAGAGUCAUAUUCCUUUCAGAGGCAGUAAAUUGACUGAGGUUCUGAGGGAUUCUUUCGUUGGCAAUUCCCGCACUGUCAUGGUAUCCUGCAUUUCGCCAAGCUCAGGAUCAUGUGAACAUACCCUCAACACCUUAAGAUAUGCAGACAGAGUGAAGAGUCUUUCAAAAGGAAAUGCUCCAAAGAAGGACAUAUUAUCUUCAACCUUAAAGGAAUCGACCACUGUGCCCUUAUCCUCAGUUUUACCUGCUACAUCUACCUUUGAGGAUGACACUGAUGCAUGGGCUGAACAAGACGAAAGAGAUGAUUUUGAUGCAUCUGAAGACUCCUAUGAACAAGAGAAACCAAUAUGGAAGGAGAAUGGGAAAGUGGAAUCAUACAAUCUAUCAACUUCAGAGGAUAAAAUAUGGAAACCCAAUGGUCAGACAAAAUGGAAGGAUCUGUCAAAAUCGGAUCUUAAGAACUCACAUUCAGAUGAUGAUUUAAAUGCUUUGCUACAGGAAGAGGAGGAUCUCAUAAAUGCUCAUAGAAAACAGGUGGAGGAGACCAUGAACAUUGUUAGAGAGGAGAUGAACCUACUGGUUGAAGCAGACCAACCAGGGAAUCAGCUCGAUGAUUAUAUUACUAGAUUGAAUGCCAUUCUUUCUCAGAAGGCUGCAGGAAUACUCCAAUUACAAAAUCGUUUGGCGCAUUUUCAGAAGCUUUUGAAGGAGCAUAAUGUUUUAGUAUCUUCUUCUGGGUACUAAUCUCUUUGAAGUAUUGUUGAAUGCCAUGAUGAAUAGCUCUAUCUUUUAUAGUCGGUUGCAAGAUUGUCGGCCUGGAAGUGAGAUUUGGGUAUAUGCAUUUUGUGUGAUUGCUGGAUGAGUUACUGGCCAUUGUGUAUCUCUUGUAUUCUUUAUUUGGUUUGAGGGAUCGGAGAUUGAUUUAAGGUCCCAUCUCUCGUUUCAUAUCAUACUACCGGCUUAAUCGUCUUUAAAUUUGCUUAACUAGUUACAGGCAAGCAUUGGAUUACAUGCCAUUUGGCGAGCUCAUGUAAAGCUAUGAUGCACAACAAUUUGAUUCAUUAAUGGAAUACUUGUUUACUA